AUGCCCGCGCACGCACCGGCACCACCUGUGCUCUGCUCCUUCACCUCCUCCGCUGCUCUGGGCGAUGCACUUGCUCACUUCAUCAUCAAAGCCCAGAAAGAGUCCAUCGAAAAGAAGGGCAGAUUCACCAUCGCUAUAUCUGGCGGAUCUCUCCCUAAGCAGCUCAAUGCACUCAUCGGAAAGUCAGGUCUGAAAUGGGACAAAUGGCAAGUUUACUAUGCGGACGAACGAGUCGUUCCUCUGGACCAUCCUGAUUCAAAUCAUCACCUCUGCUCCACCGAACUCUGGAACAAGGUACCCGUUCCGAAGUCCCACAUCCACACUAUCGACUUCUCGCUCGCCGAUGACCUCGAGGAGCUCAGCGAUGCGUACGAGAAAGAGCUCAUCCACGAGUUUGCACAGAAGGACUCCGCCCGCUUCCCCAUCUUCGAUCUCAUCCUGCUCGGUGUCGGCCCUGACGGGCACACUGCGUCCCUUUUUCCCGGCCACGAACUCCUGAGCGAGGAGGAUCGUUGGGUUGCGCCUAUUGAGGACAGUCCCAAGCCCCCGCCGAAGCGCAUCACCUUCACGUUCCCCGUCCUUAACCACGCCUACCGCGUCGCCUUCGUAGCUUCUGGCGCGGGCAAGGCUGAGAUACUCAAAAAAGUGUUGGACAAGCCUGAAAAUGGUUUACCUGCGUCGAGGGUCCGGCCUGCCAGCCCCGGUCAGCUGUACUGGUUUGUCGAUGAUGCUGCCGUGGCAGGGGUUGAGUACCCUAGGACGCCGUACAAACUGUAG